AUGGGAAAAAUCACAAAGAAUGGUGUUGUGAAUAAGAGAAAGAAUGGUGUUGCUUCAAGAGAGAUAUCCGAAAGCUCUAGUGAUGAAGUCGGUCUUAGCAACCCCAAGCCGAAAACCAAGAAGGUUGCAAAGAAGACAGCAUUGUGCCAAUGGAUACCGAGUAGCCACGAGCCAACAUUUGGUGAUGUAGCACCGGAUUCCGAGGAUGUGCCAAUGGAUACCGAGCUCUACACGGGAGAGACUCGUAGACACUCCAUUUCGAGUGCACCUUCCUCGUCUGCUGGAAGUUCCAAGGGCAUCAUCUUAUGA